AUGAAGGAUGUGAACAAUAGUUUAACUCGCCACAGAAAUGGACAUAAUUAUAACACCAAGCACAAAAACGAUCUUAAGCGCCCAACGCCUAAAACUGAAAAUGUUUGAAACAUACUCAUGUACUCUAUUCUAAAGCAAAUUUAUGGAACAUCCUGGCUGACGAUAUUAAAGUAUUAUUUGAAAAUUGUUUUAACUUAUUAGGUAUAUAUUAACUCUUAUAGGUAUAUUGUUAAUACUUAAUUUAAUUAUUCUAUAUAUUUUAAUGUGAUAUAAUAUUUAUUCCUAGAUAUAUUCCUAGUUAUUAACACUUGCAAUCAAUUCAGUUGUUGGAAUGAUAGAAAAGCUGUAAUAAUAGUAGGCUAUAUUAAAAGGUACUAUAUAUAGUGGCUUGUGAUUAAAAAGGUUCACUGGGUCUGCGAAGAGCAGUAUUUUACUGAUUGUAUAUAAUCCCUGCAUGUGUAAAUACAGCUUCUAUUCUAUAUUCUAUUCUAUUAAAUUCUAAUAAAAUUUAAAGUAGUUUAUUUUGAUAUAUCAUAUCUGCAAAAUGGGAAAUUUAUAAUCAGUUUGAUCAUCUGAUUAUCAAUUUCCCGUUUGUAAUGCAAAAUGACUGAAAAACGGCAAAUUUCGCAAGGCUAUAUUAUCCGCAUUUUACAACAUUUCGCCAUGAAACUUUGGAAUAUUACUAAUUUUGUGAUGCUCUUUCAAGCUGUGAUGAAGUUUUUGUCCAGGCAUAUCUAGAUCAAAAUUUCACUCGUGUUAAAGAGGAAAGGUCUAUUGACGAGACAAGAAUUGGAGUUAUAGGAUUAAGAUUAUGUGAAGCCUAACUAUGAGGGGCUAGAGUAUGUCAUCAUAAUCUAUAACGUUCUCUUAUUUUGCCACAAAUUUUAACAGAAACAUAAAACUCAAUUGCAGUGUUCGUGGGUUUUGCUGUAACUCUUGCCAUCGUGCUUUUCGUCUUAUUUGUAAUUCUGAUAAUAUACAAAAGACGUCUCCAGGCCUCGAAGUUACCGAUUUCCGUGGACAGAGUUGGAAUAGAGAAUCAAGCAAUAGAGGCAGAAACAGAAUCACCGCCAAUUAAUAAUCAGGUAUCUGAACAUAACAUUGAAUUGUUUAUUUCAUAACAAAACAGGCCUGCUCUAGAUCUUCAAUCGCAUUAUCUCACAGCGAGUUGGGGGCAAGUAACAAGUCCAGAAUUCUUUGUCUGCCAUCACGUGACUUUUCUUCCAAAUGACGGGCAAUGAAACAACUUGUGGACAACUUUUCUCCUAUAUCAGAAUGGUUGUAGCAAGAAAAAUUGAACGGUAAUCAUCUUUUGAGUCUUAAACUUUCUCUAAACUCGAUCAAUACAUUAAAAUAGACAAAGAAUAGGCUUGAAAACACGUCGUCUUUUUCAUCGCCGAGUUCCCGUUUCUCCGUAGAAAACUCAGAUCUAGUAAGUAAACCUUAACUAAACUUUCGUUUUUAUAUCGGAUAGCGUCAUCACUUUGGAAUCAUUAUUUCGAGAGUAGUAUAGGGGUCAGGGGAGAGCCUUUACCGUUCAGUGUUACUCAUUUUGUGGAAAUCAAACUUCGAUCACAGAGAUCGGAAAGACACAUACACUAACCACUGCGACACUAACACUCUAUAACACAAUAUUUCCUGCGUUUUUAAUCACAACAAUUGUUAAUACAGGGGUUAGAUCAUGCUGGUACAACUGGUAGCAGAACAGCACGGUACGAAGACGCCAAAUUCAUUUCACCACUUCCUGUUCAUGUCAACCUUAACAGAAACCGACCUGACGGAAGGGAAACGGCAAAUUCUGAUCGUAGUUCGGGCGAUGUUAUUCCAGCUAAUGGCAGAACAGCACCAUGCGAAGACGUCCAAAUCAUCUCACCACCUUCUGUCCACGAAAUGCCUAACCAAAACCGACCAGAUGAAAGGGAAUUGGAAAGGGCAAAUUCUGAUCGUAUCUCGGCUUAUGUUAUUCCAGCUAAUGGCAGAACAUCACUAUACAGAGUAGUCCAAAUAGCCCCACCGUCUGCAGUUCACAACGAGCAUAGCAGAAACCGACCAGACGGAAUAGAAACAAGAAAUUCUGAUUGUAGUUCGGGUUACGAAGAAGUCCAAACCUUAUCACUGCCAGGCUACACCCAGCUUGACAGAAACUGA